AUGGCCUACUCGGGGGCACGAUUCGCCAACUCUCUAUUGCACGCAAUGAAGGGGCACGCUGACAUCGUGGAGUGCGCAUUUGUGGAGUGCGACGUGGCGGAGACGGAGUUCUUCGCCUCACCUGUACUUCUCGGGCCAAACGGUGUGGAGAGGGUGUUUGGUGCGGGGAAGCUGAAUGAGUAUGAGAUUGAGUUGCUGAAGAAGGCGAUGCCAGAACUGCGCAAGAGCAUUCAGAAAGGAAAGGACUUUGCUGCUGCUUAUUAG